AUGAGGAAACUUUCUGUUUUGUCGAUCUGUGCAUUCGCCACCAGUGACGUUCAGACCGAAGCUUUGAACAAAGUCAUUCUGGCCUUUGCCAACAGCCAGACUGCUUGGAAUGAUAAGUUCCUGGAUAUAACGAACCAGAUCAGAACUUUGAACAACAAAGGAGAAGAUGCUUCUACCAGUCACACGGUGCCUUGGCUGUUUGAGGGUGGCCAUUUCAACCCUGUUCCCCAUGUACCUGAUAUUCAUAGCGUACACCCCGACGAAGAGAAGAAAAGCAUUUUCGGUUUCAGUUGGGGCAAGCAUGACGCCAAGAACCGCCAUUCGCCGUCCAACCAAUACGCGGAUCACCGCAUCCCGGGCAGCCGCGUUACAGGCCUACAAGCCAACCUUGUGGGCGACGGUCUGAACAUGGUGUUCGGACGCAAGACCAACUCUUGGUUUGACUUGCUCAAUAUCGGUGGCGGUAAGUUGGAUAAGAUCCUUACUAAUGCCGAUACUGCCAAGAAGGCUAUAGAGAAGCUGAUUAACGAAGCUGGUGUUGGCAAAGAUGUGAAGAAGAAGCUUAUGGGUGCCUUGGAGAACUAUGAGACUGCCAUUUUGGAGGACAUGUUUACUGGCUUCUUGGCUCGAGAGUAUUUGGCUCCCAGUCUGGGCAGUGGUCUUUGGACAGUUAUUCGAAACGUCGCCGCCAACAAGGAGCUGCCGUUGGACCAGGCAAUCCACUCUCUGAACCACAGGUUGGGUGGUCUGGCCUCGAUUGAGGACAUGUUCGAGAAGCUGCCCAACAGCAAGAGCAAGAAGGAGAUCGGAACGGCCUUGAAGAAACUCAAAGACGACUUGUCCAGGAGCAUUUCGGACUUCACCAAAGAGCUUCAACAAGCAAACAGUCUAUCGGUUUCUCGCCGUCGGCUCCAAGCCAUUGAUGACGAGGAUGUGGGCGGCGAGAGCGGCGGCCAGAACCUCGAUCGGGAUGAUGCGGACUUGGAGAAGGAGCUACAGGGUGUGUUUGACGACAUUCUGAGCACCGCCACUCAGGCCAAGAACGCCCUCGGUGGUUCGAGUCCCGCCGGCGGCAGCAGCACGUCCUCGCUGAGCAGUAUGGGCAGUAAGCUGAUCAACCAGACCGUGGAAAACAGCAUCAUCAGCCAAAUUUCCUCCGCAACGGGCAUUCAGAAAGAAACCCUCAAGUCUGCACUCAAGAAGGCCAAGUCCACUGGCAACACCGCGGCGGACAAGCUCAAGAAGCUCAUCGACGGAAUCAAACAGACGCUUGGUGCGUCUACUUCCGCGGGCGAGGGUAACGGCGACGUCAAGACCCAGCUCUCCGGACUCACCUCCGUCCUCAAAAAGAAGCUGGGCAGCGCGCAAGAUUUGCUCAAGAUGCUCAAAGACGAAUACAGCACAGACGCUGAAGGUGACGACAAACUGAGCAAGGACGACACCAAGAAAUUGCUGGAUGCCAUUGAAGUCCUCUCCGGAAGCCACCUGGCUGAGCAACAGGCGACCGAGGAAGAGGAGCUUGGCGACGUACUAGCCACCGCCGCCGACACUGAGGAGACGGAGGAAGGCAAGGCGGAGGACGCCGAGCAGACAGAAUCAGACGAGCAAACGGAAGUCGACGAAUUGAUUUCCAGCGCCCUCACGGACGCCGUGGAGGAGUUUUCGACGGAACAGCCGCAGCUCGACGACGCCAUCACGCAAGCCGGACAGUCCGUCCAGAACGGAGUUAAUGCGGUCGUCAGUACCAACAAGAACCUGACGGGUCUCGACGAAGAGCCUGAUGAGGAAGACCUGACCGCCGACGAGGAAGCACCGCUUGCUGAGGAAUCCUCUGAACCGGCCGAGGAGGAGGAGACGGAAGACACCUCCGAUCCUGCAGAAGAGGAAGAGACAGAGGAAACCGAGGAGAUAGAAACCGAGACCGCGGUCGACGAGACUAAAGACCUGCAGGGGAUGGACGAGGCCGUUACCGGUUCCGAGACCGUGGUGGAGGUGGUGCCUGUGACUGAAGACACUACGGAAAUGACUGACGUCAGUGAGGUGGCGAGCGAGGCCGUGAGUGAGGCCAUGACCGGGGCCGAGGAGGCGGCGGAGCGUGUCAGAGACGAAGUAGAGGACGCAGGCGACUCAAUGGCUGAGGAGGCGGCCAAGGCGAAGGACGGAGCCAUGGACGCCGCAGACCGACUGGUGCAGUUCAAGUUUUUGCAGGGCGCGGCACCAGAAACGGCUUCGACCCCAACGGUGGACGCGGCACCAGAAACGGCUUCGACCCCAACGGUGGACGCGGCCCCGAAGGCGGACGCGGCCCGUAAAGCGGACUCGACCGACCAACAGGGUUCGGCGGCGAUGGUCGUAGUUCCGACAGCGGCGCCAGCGGACGCGACGGAGGUGGUCUUGGUCCCGACGGAGAACGCAUCGGAGGCCGCGCGGGAGGAGGCGAACUCCGAGGAACUGGAGGAAGUCAAGAGCACGAUUUCGGCAGACGUGGACGAGGCCCUGACUCAAGCGAAGGAACUGGGUGAGGGCGUCGCGGGAGUGGCAGGCAACGUCUUGGGCAGCGCUGGCGAGGCGGUCCGGGAGGUCGGCAGCAGCCUUUUCUCAGGUAAUUAA